AUGUCGAGUGGUAGUGGAGAUCAUGAGGAAGAAGGGUAUGUCGUUAAGGUGCGUGGACUGCCAUGGUCUACCACUGUAGAUGAGAUUAUGAAAUUCUUUGGCGAUUGUUCGAUCUCAAAUGGCAAGAACGGAGUUCAUAUGACUACGUCCCGCGAGGGACGCCCUAGCGGCGAAGCCUAUGUGGAAAUGGAUACUCCAGAAGAUAUUGAGAAGGCUUGCAAAAGAGACAGAGAUCACAUGGGCCACCGUUAUAUCGAAGUUUUUAAAGCAAAACGCGGCGAAAUGGAAUGGGUCGUGAAGAGGAGCGGUCUUAAUUUGGAGAAUGCGAUGGACGAUGGUUGCGUGAGAUUGCGCGGCCUGCCGUUUGGUUGUUCAAAAGAGGAAAUUGCACAAUUCUUCUCAGGGUUGGAGAUUCUUCCGAACGGGAUAUCACUACCGACAGACUACACGGGCCGCAGUACUGGGGAGGCUUACGUUCAAUUUGUUAACAAAGAUGUUGCGGAGCGCGCUCUGCAGAAACACAAGGAAAAGAUAGGACACAGAUAUAUCGAGAUCUUCCGAAGCAGCUUAUCCGAGGUACGCGCUAGUAUCGGGCCGAAAAUGCGCGGUGGUCCGAUGGGCGGCUUCAAUCAGAGGCCCGCGCCGUACACUCGUGGUGACCGCUUCGGUGGGAUGAAUCGUUUUAGCAACAAUGGCAGAGGAUCCAGAAAUAGAGGUGAUUCCUUUCAUCUAUCGAAGUACGAAGACAAUCGUGCAGGACAAUACCGUAAUAGAGACUUAAUAUACAAUUCACGUACUAAUUCAUUACACUUUGAUAACGGUCCAUGGGGAAGUGGGAACAAUUACGGAUCUCGUGGUGGCAAUAUGGGAAUGCGUGGCAGCAUGGACAUGAAGGGUGGCAAUUACAGAGGCAACAAUGACUCCUGGGGCGGUAAUUCCGGCGUGUAUAGUAUCCAUAUGCGAGGACUGCCGUUCAAAGCGACAGAACAAGACAUAGCUGAUUUCUUCAGACCAAUCGAGCCGGUAAACGUUCGCAUUAUUCUUGAGAAUGGUGGUCGUCCAUCUGGAGAAGCUGACGUAGAAUUCGCGACUCAUGAAGAAGCUUUGAAAGCAAUGUGCAAGGAUAAAAGCCACAUGUCGCAUAGAUAUAUUGAACUAUUCAUGAACUCAUCCGGCGGAUCAAGUAACAUGUCACUAAGUGGCAUUGGCAAUUUCUGUGGAGGCUUAAGUAACAACUUCAGGCCAGGAUACUCGCCAAACAACAGAACUUUCAACUCGCAGUUGGGCGGCAGCAAUUAUAAUAGUUUUUGAGACCGGGCAAUGCGUUUCUAACGCUAAAUAUUCAAAAGAAUCAAAGUGAUCGGUGAAAAAAAAACGCACUAAUCUUCUAAAUCACGUUGAUGCAAUAUGAAUAGAUUUUAUUUUAUUUUCUUUUUUUUUUCGUAUAGUCUUGAAUUAUAUGUUAAUCGUAAGCCAAAUCAGUAGUGUAUAAGUACUCUUGCUUAUUCUUUUAUAACAUAAAGUAUGUUAUAAACAUAUACAAAGUAUGUAAUUUACGUAGACAUGUAAUUUAAUUUUUGCUAUGAGCAAGUCUAAAGGUGGAAAGACAAUUUCCCCUUAUCUUUGAUAACUUAAUUUUUUUUUUCCCGUUUAAACUGAGCAUAAUGUCAACAGACAAUCGUACGUCGUCGAAAUAAAAUGCAAGGCAAAAAUUUCUUGGGGAAUAUAUUAUUGGAAAAGAGUGUAGCUUUAGGAGUUUGAUUUAGCCAUACAAUUAGAUUAAACGCGAUAAAGGUAUUUCUUGAUUUUAGUGGCGACGUAUAUGAUAUUUUCUAAUGUAAUGUCAAAUAUUAGAAUUAUAAUUUUAUAUAUGAUAUAUAUAAACUUGUUACUUAUCGUAAUAGCUUUGAUGCAGGCUUAAAUAUGAUAAUCGUCAAUAUGUGUCGAGACGUAGCGACGAGCUGUAAAGCGCAAAAUAUACGAUUAUAAUCGAACUAACUAUGGUUCGCGAUUACACCUCAAUAAAUUCAUCGUAUUGUCUUAUGUAUUGUAACAUGCGGGAUCCUAUCCUCAGAUAGCCGCUCACAUUCAUCUUUCACCACAACGCGAUAAUGUACUAUAUGACGUAUUGUAUAAUCUUGGAAUAAGAAUUAUAAUUUCCAUUGACAUUUAUAGAUGUUACGAAACUAUAUGAGGAGACGCCGCAGCUCUCUUCGAAUCUGUAUGGCUGCAUGCGGAUGUACGGCUGCAAGUGUCAAUAUUAUGUAUAUCUUAACGCAGAUUUGAUUUCGGUUUAUAUUAUCGCACAUGUUUGAAUAAAAAAAAAUGUGAAACAAUGAGGAGAAAGUACGUAAAAUGCGUAAUUCCUUAGACAGAAAUAAUAUGAAUGUGAAUAAGUUAGACUUGUUAUCUCAAUCGAAUGUUCGGCUUUGAACAGAUUUACGCUGACCGAGUAAAUCUAACUUGUUUA